CAGGCAAACUACCGCUGCUGGCGGGCUGUCUGUGCGGUAGCGAUGUUGGUGGCGGCGGCUGCCGAGCGGAACAAGGAGCCCAUCUUGCGUGUGCUGCGGCAGUAUGUGGACCCGACUCAGCGCGGCGUCCGCGUGCUUGAGGUCGCCUCGGGGUCCGGCCAGCACACAGCCCACUUCGCGCAGGCGUUCCCCCACGCCGAGUGGCAGCCAUCCGACGUGGACCAGCGCUGCCUGGACAGGUUUGCAGGGAGCGUCAGGAACGGGUGCACAGGCCACCCCUACCCACAGGCUGUCCUCCCACAGCAUCUCCGCCACCACUCAGGCCCAGGGGCUGUCCAAUGUGAAGAUUCCGUUGUACCUGGACGUGACCUGGCAUUGGGAGCAAUGGGGUGGGAUCCUGCCGCAGUCGCUGGACCUGCUGCUCUGCAUCAACAUGAUCCACAUCAGCCCUCUGAAAUGCACUGAGGGGCUCUUCAGAGCAGCAGGACACCUGCUCAAACCCAAGGCGCUGCUCAUCACCUACGGGCCCUAUGCGGUCAAUGGGAAGAUCUCCCCCCAGAGCAAUGUGGACUUUGACCUGACCCUCAGAUGCAGGAACCCUGAGUGGGGACUGCGGGACACAGCCCUCUUGCAGGACCUGGGCCAGGCUAGCGGCCUGCUCCUGGAGAGGACGGUGGACAUGCCAGCCAACAACAAGUGCCUGAUUUUCCGGAAAGAGUAACCCACCCUUCUCCCUGUGUCCCCAAAGAGGCCCUUUCUGGGACAAACCCAGACAGCCAGCCCCUGCCUCCCUGGGCCAAGCCAUGGGGACUGGCCCUGCCCGGUGUGGGUGCUCUUGGCCCGUGGCCACAGGGCUGCUGAGAGCCUGGGAAUAAAGUGUUUCCUGCUGUC